AUGUCUGAAAAUCGACCCUACAUCGCCCUCUCCUACGUCUGCGGGAAAAAGAAAUCCAAAAUCCAUGUAAAUGGCCAGGAGCAAGGAAUAUAUGAAAAUCUAUACCUGGCGCUGCCCGCCCUCUAUGUUUUCGCCUUGCAAAACCGCUGCGAUUGGGAAAGAGAACCAUACUUCUGGAUCGAUCAAGUUUCCAUUGAUCAAAGUGAUGCAAAACAGAAAGCGAAGCAAAUGCUCCGCAUGACGGAUAUUUACUCUCGAGCAAAGAGAGUGUUGAUCUGGCUCGGUCCAACCUGUGGGAAUCUCAAAGCCUUAUUGCAAAGCUUCGCCCGAGUCAUCGGUCCAGGGGCACGGAGAGCUGGGAUUCUAGCUAUAGGGCCAAAUCUCGCCACAAGUUGGCCGGAUUUUCCCAACAAUCCCGAACUGCGAACAGGACGCAGGCAGGUGGAACGCUUCUUCUCGUCUGACGACUUCCGGUGCGCAUUUGCGAACAGGCUCGACAUGCUACGGGCCUUCGAAGACCUGACAUGGAACGAAUGGUUUGCGCGCACCUGGACGAUCCAGGAACAUACUGUGGCCAAUGCUACGGUUUUCGCGUUGGGGGAUGACACGUUUGUUGAUGGGGACGAUUUCAUAGCAUCAAUCUUAUGCUGCACGCUUUGGUUCAUGAGUACAGCUCGGCCAUUGAUGCAGUCCCGUUUUCUCUUUCUGCGGCUGUUCAGGUUGUUACUCUUCUGGUAUUAUGAGAAACCUGGGCUAUGGAACUACUUGACGGGUCCUGGCCGGUCAAGAGAAUGGAAUUCCCGAGCAAGUACCAUGCUCGGUGAACGGCGCAAGCGCCAAAGGCAACAAAACGGAGACCACACAGAGACAAAUUUGAAAGCUUGCCUUGUGCGUACCUUCAUUCCGGAGUCGACAGAUGGCUCAGGUUGCAGCUGGGAGAUCGAUCGAAUCUGGGCAUUGUUCGGAAUGUGCACCGAUCGGAGCAUCCUGGAAACAGCAGGCUUUCCACUAGACUACAACACGCCUUGGAGGGAGGCGUACCGUGAGGUUUCGAGAACGCUGAUUCGCCUCGGUCAUACAGAUCUCCUAGGGAUCGAAAGUAAGGGGGUAGCAAACGACGCUAAGAAUAACACGAGCUCCCGCGAGACAUCGCUACCCUCCUGGACGACUGAUUGGUCUGUCCCACUGAGACGCCCACUCUGUGGACUCCUAGAGGAUGGUCUAUUCAAAGCCGCGACCCAUCUCCAAGUUGCUCUCAGCGAGCAUACACACGUCUCGAGCCAGGCCAAUACUCUCGCCAUCAAUGGGUACUGUCUAGGUCCCAUCCAAGCUUUGGGAGCCACCUUCACAACAUCCAAGGCCGCCGGUGAGCUCGAUUACGUCCAAGCCGACAUUUACCUGCGAGAGAUUGAGGCCUUCGUGGAGAAAACAGCCCUCAUUCCAUCCCGACUCAAGGCACAUGCCAAAGCCUACAUCCCCGUCCACGGCCUGGAAUAUAACUAUCUGGCCAUCACCUGUCGCGCAGACACUACCAGGGUCAUGCGCGGCUUCGGUGAGAUGAAGAAGUGCACAGCACAAGGCGAGGGGCCGGUCCUCGUUAUCAGCCAGGACCUGCUCUCGUAUAAGACGUUUAUGGAACGAUGUCUUGGAAAGCGACCCUUUAUUACGACGCAGGGUCACGUUGGGCUGUGUACUGGCCAAGCGGAUGUAGGUGAUGUGUUGGGAGCCGUCGCCGGAGCGCCUGGGCUCAUCAUAUUGCGGGCGGCCGGUAAAGACACAGAUCACGGUUUGGAUGCCGGUGCCUUUGAGGUCAUGGGUGAAGCAUUUGCGUAUGGAAUUAUGGACGGAGAGAUUGCUGGGAUGGGAGAUGUCGAAGAGCGACACAUCGCCCUUUGCUGA